AUGAAUAUCAUCGUUUGGAAUAGUAGGGGUGCCUUAAAACCCAGUUUUCAAAGUCAUAUUCGGGAGCUGGUUCGUGUUUAUGAUCCUGAUGUGUUUGUGGUUAUGGAAACUCGCCUAGGAAGGGAGAGAGCAAAAGACAUUAUAGACAGAUUGCCGUUUGAUGGAGCGAUCCUUACAGAUACAAUCGGCCGUGCUGGGGGAUUGUGGCUUUUGUGGAAUUCAGAUAAAGUAGAAGUCACACUCCUGGCCAAAACAGAGCAAGAAAUACAUGUUACCAUUAAGGUACGGUCCUCAAACUUAUCCUGGUUAUUUUCAGCUAUCUAUGCUAGUCCUAGGUUUGCUGAAAGAUCUAUCUUAUGGAAUAAUCUAAUAAAUGUUGCGGAGUUGCAUAGCAUGCCCUGGGUUAUUACAGGGGAUUUUAAUGAGCCACUUUCUAGUGCUGAUAAGUUAGAAGGAAGGGAUGUUAGCAUCAGGAAAUCUCUCCUUUUAAAGGAUUGCCUGGACAGAUGUAAUAUGAUUGAUUUGGGGUUCUCAGGUUCAAGGUUUACUUGGACUAAUCGCAGAGAUGCUCCCGUUCUCAUCCAAGAAAGAAUAGACAAAUUCUUUGUUAACCCUGAUUGGUGCACUCUCUACCCUGAAGCUAAAGUUUCCAACUUAACCAGGUGCCACUCGGACCAUUGUCCAGUUAUUUUGGAAACUAGACCUUCUGAAUGGUCCAGACCUAUUGGGCCAUUCAAGUUUCAGAGUUUUUGGCUUUUAGACCCCUCCUUCCCCAGGGUUGUCCAGCAAGCUUGGAGUCAGGGCCAUCACCUUCAGGAUGCUAUCACUAGAUUCUCUCGGGAUGCCACAGACUGGAAUAAAGUCCAUUUUGGAAAUAUUUUUGCAAAAAGGAGAAGGGUCAUAGCCAGGUUGGAUGGAAUCCAGAGAAGUAUAGCUUUUAAGUUGUCCCACAGUCUUGUUAAUCUAGAAAGGCAGCUCCAAGCAAAAUUGGCUGGUGUUCUCAAUUAA